GAUCUCCUCAAGGGAAUUAGUUCAUCGUUUGCUCCGAUCCAUCCGAUCGGCAUUUGAUUAUGCUCAAACUCCGGCUGCUUUCUCCAUUGCAACUUUUGCAGGGACCCCACAGACAUGUUGGCUAUUAGCUGAAGGAGACCCGCAAUUUGGCUCAGUCUUUGAGCCAAAAAUCUAAAGCGUCGGUGGGGCGAAGUUACUGAAACCAAUCUCCUGUCUUUUUACCACAGCUCUGUCCGGAAACCAGAACCCUGGAUGAGUAUUUUGAUGAUUUUUUUCACUGAUGAAGUGAGCUAGUAAUGCAGGAGACACCAGCUCUGACAGUCGGAAAGGCUCAAGAUGGCAGAUUUUUAUUCAGAUUUGAGCUGAAAUCUCCUCUUAUUUUUUGCCAUGAAUAACAGGAAUCCUUGCACCGAUGGCCCCUAUGUACGAAGGUAUGGCCUCGCAAGUGCAAGUAUUUUCCCCUCACACUCUUCAGUCAAGUGCCUUCUUUAGUGUAAAAAAACUAAAGGUGGAGCCGAGUUCUAACUGGGAUAUGACAGGGUACGGUACUCACAACAAAGUCUACAACCAGAGCAGCAAGAACGUGCAAGCCCCUCAGGUGGCCGUGAACACCUCCCUCCAAGUAGCUAAUUCCACCCUUCCCUACGAGCAAGCUGUCAUCUUCCCAGCCAGUACUGGGCACAUCGUAGUCACCUCAGCCAGCAGCACUUCUGGAGGAGCGGGGCAGUUGCUUGGCACUACUGGUCACAAUCUGACUCGGCGCAGUACGGUGAGUCUGCUGGAUACCUACCAGAAAUGUGGUCUUAAACGCAAGAGUGAGGAGAUUGAUAACAACAGCAGUGUGCAGAUUAUCGAAGAGCAUCCUCCAAUGAUCCAGAACACAGCUAGUGGGGCCACUGUUGCUACGGCAACUACUUCCACAGCCACCUCCAAAAACAGUGGCUCUAAUAGUGAAGGAGACUACCAGCUGGUCCAGCAUGAAGUGCUCUGUUCCAUGACCAAUACAUAUGAAGUGCUUGAGUUCCUGGGCCGAGGCACCUUUGGCCAAGUGGUGAAAUGUUGGAAGAGAGGCACCAACGAAAUUGUGGCCAUCAAGAUUUUAAAGAACCAUCCAUCAUAUGCCCGACAGGGGCAAAUUGAAGUGAGUAUCCUGGCCAGGCUAAGCACUGAAAGUGCAGAUGACUACAACUUUGUCCGAGCUUAUGAGUGCUUCCAGCACAAGAACCACACCUGCCUUGUCUUCGAGAUGUUGGAGCAGAACCUGUAUGACUUCCUUAAGCAAAACAAAUUCAGCCCUCUGCCCCUCAAGUACAUCCGGCCCAUCUUGCAACAAGUUGCCACUGCCCUCAUGAAACUCAAAAGUCUAGGACUCAUCCAUGCAGACCUUAAACCUGAAAACAUCAUGCUGGUGGAUCCUGCCAGGCAGCCAUACAGAGUGAAAGUGAUCGAUUUUGGUUCAGCUAGCCAUGUUUCCAAAGCAGUGUGCUCCACCUACCUGCAGUCCAGAUACUACCGAGCUCCAGAAAUCAUCCUUGGUUUACCCUUCUGCGAAGCAAUUGACAUGUGGUCGCUGGGAUGUGUGAUUGCAGAGUUGUUCUUAGGAUGGCCACUGUACCCUGGGGCGUCGGAAUAUGAUCAAAUUCGGUACAUUUCACAAACACAAGGGUUGCCAGCAGAAUACUUGUUAAGUGCAGGAACGAAAACAACAAGGUUUUUUAACAGAGACCCGGACUCUGCCUAUCCACUGUGGAGGUUAAAGACUCCAGAAGAUCAUGAAGGAGAAACAGGAAUCAAGUCGAAAGAAGCAAGAAAGUAUAUUUUUAACUGUUUGGAUGACAUGGCACAGGUGAACAUGACAACAGAUUUGGAGGGCAGCGAUAUGUUGGCAGAAAAGGCAGACAGGCGGGAGUUUAUAGACCUGUUAAAGAAAAUGUUGACUAUAGAUGCAGACAAGAGAAUAACACCCAUUGAAACUCUGAAUCAUCCAUUUGUCACCAUGACUCAUCUCCUUGAUAUCCCUCAUAGUACUCAUGUCAAAUCUUGCUUCCAGAAUAUGGAGAUUUGUAAGCGAAGAGUGAAUAUGUAUGAUACAGUUAACCAGAGUAAAACUCCAUUUAUUACACACGUGGCCCCCAGCACUUCCACAAACCUGACAAUGACUUUCAAUAACCAGCUUAACACUGUGCACAAUCAGCCUUCUGCAGCAUCAAUGGCAGCCAUGGCCCAGAGGAGCAUGCCGUUACAGACAGGAGCAGCGCAACUGUGUGCUGCCCGGCCAGAUCCAUUUCAACAGGCCCUCAUUGUGUGUCCACCUGGAUUUCAAGGGCUGCAGGCCUCACCAGCAAAGCAUGCUGGGUACUCUGUGCGAAUGGAAAAUGCAGUUCCUAUAGUAACACAGGCUCCUGGUGCCCAGUCCUUGCAGAUUCAACCAGGACUUCUCACACAGCAGACCUGGCCCAGUGGGACACAACAGAUUUUGCUUCCUCCAGCCUGGCAACAACUGACAGGAGUGGCAGCUCACACUUCUGUGCAACAUGCAGCGGUCAUCUCUGAGAGCAUGGCUGGGACCCAGCAACUGGCUGACUGGAGAAAUUCCCAUGCACACAACAGCCACUAUAACCCGAUCAUGCAGCAGCCCACGUUGUUAGCAGGUCAUGUGACGCUACCUUCCUCUCAGCCUUUGAAUGUGGGUGUUGCCCAUGUGAUGAGGCAGCAGCCAGCUAGCAGCACCUCUUCCAAAAAGAACAAGCAGCACCAUAUGUCUGCCAGAAACAUGUCUGCCUAUGAAGUAUCCUCUUCCCAGGCAGUAAGCUCCCCACAGAGAUCAAAGCGUGUAAAGGAGAACACUCCACCUCGCUGCACUGUGGUUCAGAGCAGCACCUCUACUUGCACCACAUCUCUGGCAUGCACCUGGGGGGAGGCCACUUCCAGCACCACACGAGAGCCCCACCAGCGGCAAACAAUCGUCAUACCGGACACCCCUAGUCCAGCUGUCAGCGUCAUAACCAUCAGCAGUGAUACAGACGAGGAAGAGGAGCAGAAGCAGACCCUCACCAGCAAAACAUCAAAGCAGAGGAAGAACGUUAUUAGCUGUGUCACAGUCCAUGACUCCCCAGACUCUGAUUCCUCAAGUAAUAAUAGUCCCUAUGCUGUGGAGCACCGUUUGGGCCUUACUAAUGGAAAUACAUAUGACUCAAAGGCAACACUUGAUACUCACUGCAAUGGCAACCCUCGCACAAUUAUUAUACCACCUCUUAAAACGCAGUCUAGUGAAGCUUUAACAGAGUGUGACAGGCUAGUAUCAGACACAGUCAGUCACCACUCAUCCAUGUACAAAUCCAAAAACUCCAACCCAGCUGUCUCAGCCAUCAAUCACUCAUCUGGUAACUCCACUGGAGUUGUAUCCUACAGACAGCAGAGGUCGGGGACUCAUUCCUUUCAACAGCAGCCACUUAAUCUCAGCCAGGCCCAGCAACAUGUUACAACGGACAGAAAUGGAGGUCACCGCAGACAGCAGGCUUACAUCACCCCAACAAUAGCACAGGCACCUUACUCUUUCCCACAUAACAGCCCAUCGCACUCAGCUGUUCAUCCUCAUUUGGCAACUGCCCAUUUGUCCGGGCAGCCACACCUGUACACCUACACUGCACCAACUGCACUGGGAUCUACUGGGACUGUUGCCCACCUGGUGGCUUCACAAGGUUCAGCCCGCCAUGCAGUGCAGCAUACUGCCUACCCCACUGGAAUCGUCCACCAGGUCCCCGUUAGCAUGAGUCAUCGUGUUCUUCCCUCACCUACCAUACACCACAGCCAGUACCAGGCGCAAUUCACCCACCAAACAUACAUUAGCGCCUCACCAGCUUCCACGGUCUACACUGGAUACCCACUGAGUCCCACCAAGGUGAACCAGUACCCUUACCUCUAAAAACACUGGAGCAAGACUAAACGCUGCUUUUGGACAAAGUAAAGAAAGAAGAGAGAACUUUUUUUACUAAAGAAAUAAAUUAACAUGCAAGGCAUCGGAAAACUGAUACUUUAAACUUGAAGAUAAACAAUAUUCCCUCAUGACAAGAGUGAUGGGAAAAGAAAUUAACAAUUUUCUUUUUAGAGAAAAAAUAAAAUUAAAGGGCCAGUGCUCAUUGAGAUGGUUAUAACCCUUGAUGGGGAAUUUUACACUUUUAAAAAGGUUGCCCUAGCCUGCACCAAACGUUCUUUAAAAGGUAGCAUCUUUCUUUCUUUCUUUCUUUCUUUCUUUCUUUCUUUCUUUCUUUCUUUCUUUCGCAGAGAACCUCUAAAUAAUGCCCAUUUAUUUGUCAAAAAUAUCGAAAUUGCUCCACAGUUAAAAACAAUGGUUUUUGUGGGAAGCAAAAAAUGUUAUUGCGUGUAUAAAUUCUGAAUAAGUAAGAAAUCCUGCUCUCUUCAAGAAAUGGAUGGAUUUUUAAAAGCUUCCAUGUUAUUACCAAUAUACUAUAUACAUACAGGCAAACAUGUAUACUAUAUAUAUAUAUAUAUAUAUAUAUAUAUAUAUGUACACACACAUAUAUAUAUAUAUAUAUAUAGUGUGUGUGUGCAUUUGUCUGUAUGUAAAGUAUGCAUCUGUAUAAAUCUGAAUAUUAAUGAUUUAGAGGUGAUUACUAUCUAGCUCUUCUGUACCUUGUUUUGAGUUGAUUCCCUUCAAGGUAUAAUAUUUAUCUGGACCCUCUUAAAAUGUAGCAGUGAGCACCCUUUUUUAUUUGUGAAGAACUUCUGAAAUACCAAUAUAGUUUGAUUUUUUUUUUCUCUUCUCUCAAUGUGAUUGCACAAAGUGGUUAUGAUAUCAUAGGCAUGUAAAAUGUGAUUGUCUAGGUUUUGUGUGUGCGCGCUCUAAUUUUACCCUGUGUGUGGUCUUUAGCACAUUUGUGCAGCUGAAGCUACUCAUAGUCUUAGUUUUAACAUUGUUUCCUUGUAGUGCCUUACAGAAUUACAGACACAUUUUAAGGGUUUACUUCAUUUGAAUGACUAAAACCAAGAGAGGCCAGUCUGGAAACAGCUGUUUAAUCACUGUAUUGGUACAAGCCGCUACUUUUUUUUUUUCUUUUCAACUUCCUUUCAGGUGUAGGCUAGGCCUCAAAUGCCUGUGUGAUCCUGGGUGUAAAUUAGGAUCUGCAGAUUCCUUAACUUAAGCACAUUUUGUAAUUUUUGAAGGUUUAUCAUUUUUCCAUCCAUUCACUUUCUGAACCGCUUUGUUCAUAAUAGAGUUGGGGAGUGGGUUGGGGGGUGUCACUGAUAUGUUAUCUCAUUGACAUUGUCUGUAAGGUGAAUUCCAGCGCAAGAAGGGACACCAGUCUGUCACAAGACACACUCAACACACACUGCCUACGUGCCUGGAUAACAAUCCAGACCAAUUUAACAUCUUUUGGAUGUGAGAAGAAGCUUGAGAACUUAGAAAACCCACAUGAAUGCUAGUCUGAGACACCUUGAAGCAUAAGCUCACCAUUAACUUAAAAUGAAAAGGUCUUCCCUUAUCUGACUUUUACUGGUUUUAGCGUAGAAUUUUUCCUUGCUUUUUACACUGCCUAUGUCAUUCAAAGACAGACUGUCGCUUUGGACACACUAGUAUAGCUUGUUCCUCAUGGGCCUCAUGGGUAGGGCUUAUUCCUUAAAGACUCAUGGUCUGAAUAU